AUGUCCGCCCAAACGGUCACGUUCCAGCGCCAGUCGACAGAACCCGCCAGUGUCAUCCGCAUUUACCGUCACGAUGCUGUAGGCGACGCCCCGAUUCCCGCGGACUCGGUUCUGCUGAAAUUCCUAGCUGCGCCGGUGAAUCCCCAGGAUCUGUUGGUGAUUGCCGGCCGGUAUCCCGUCCAACCACACCAUCGCUAUAACAACGAACCCAUCCCCGGGUACGAUGGCGUGGCUCGCAUCGAGCGCGUCGGCACGGACGUUGACGCGUUGAAGCCCGGGGACCACGUUAUCCCCCGCGCCCACGGCUUGGGGACCUGGCGCACGGAAGCCGUGGUUCCGGCAGCGGCCGUGCUGAAAGUGUCGAAGAGUUUGGAACCAACUACCGCUAGUCUGCUGAAAACGGGUUGCUCGACGGCAUAUCUGCUGUUGGAAAGCUGUCCCUCCCUGCGUCCCGGGGAUUGGGUCGUUCUGAAUGCCGCGACGGGUUGGAUUGCGCGGAUGGUGGUACAGUUUGCCCUGCUCAAGGGCUGUCCGAGUAUCUGCGCGCGUGUGGUCGUCACCGAGUCUCAGCUUGCCAACGAAGGCCCGGCCGCGAUCGCAGCCGGGAAGCGUAUUACCCUCGCAUUGGAUGCGGUCUUCGGACAAUCUGGUCAACGACUCGCCGCCAUGCUCGCCCCCGGGGCUACCUUCAUCAAUUACGGGUCGCUGGGAGGCGCGGGUGGCCAAGUAGUGCUGAGCCAGGAGCUGAUCUUCUGGAAACAAAUCACGUUCAAGAACUUCCGACUGUCCCAAGCGCUCGGUCGGUACACAGAGGAGGCACAGAUCGACCUUCUUUCGUGGUUCACCACCCUCUUCGAAGAAGGGAAGAUCACAGCGCCAUCGGUCAAUCGCGUGGACUGGGCGGAGGACGGCGACGGUGGAAAUCUUGAGAGUAAAGUCCAGUCGGUGUUGGCGAAAGUCGGUGGGAAGGUCGGACCGGCCGUCGGGUGCACCAAGCACGUGGUGCAAUUCUGA